UAUUCCCUCCCUUUAUCAACUGUAGCAUUCUCUCUCUUUUUCUCCUAUUCAUCUCUUGGACACAGAUACUUCAAAGUCAGGAUCCCAUAGGGAGAAAUAAUGAUGGACCUGAAGGAGUUUUGCUUGAAUGAAAACUUCCAGUUUCUAAACCAGCACAACCUUUUGGAUUCGUCCUCCACUGAUGAUCCACCGUCCCCCUGUGAUCCGCCAGUCAAAGCCGACCCGCUGAGCCCCUCGUUUGGCCUGGACAACAACGCGACACCGUUCAGCCCCAGUAGCAGCUCGGACAGCAGCGGCUACAACCUGUUCUCUGGGAAGCACUCUCUGAACCCGGACUCUCCCAUCAGCUCCAGCUCAAUCUCCAGCAGCAGCGCCCCCGCUCUCUUCAACCCCGUCAGUCACACAGAGUCCAUCGCCUGCUGCGACUACAUCCCAUCACUGAACCCCGGAGCCAAACGCCUGUGUCUGGUCUGCGGGGACUUCGCGUCUGGCUAUCACUACGGCGUCGCGUCCUGUGAGGCGUGCAAGGCCUUCUUCAAAAGAACUAUUCAAGGAAACAUUGAGUACAGUUGUCCUGUGGUGAAUGACUGUGAGAUCACCAAAAGACGGCGGAAGUCAUGUCAAGCAUGCCGAUUUCAGAAGUGCCUGCGUGCUGGCAUGAUGAGAGAGGGUGUGCGCAUGGAUCGUGUGAGAGGUGGCAGACAGAAGUACAAGCGUAGAGUGGAUUCAGGCCUCUCUUUCUUCACCAAAACACCUUACACACAUCCAGGCAAAUCAAUCAGAAACAAAGUGAUUUCUCAGCUCCUCGUUUCUGAACCAGCUCCUCUGCGAGCUUCCCCUGACCCCUCGACCCCUGAUAGUGACCAUAAAACGCUACUGUCCUUAUGUGACCUUUUAAACAGGGAGCUCCUGGUAAUGAUUGACUGGGCAAAACACAUACCAGGAUUCACUGCCCUCUCGUUGGUGGAUCAGAUGGCCUUACUCCAGGGUGGCUGGAUGGAGAACCUGGUUAUGAAUGUUGUUUGGCGUUCUCAGGGCUUGUCCGAUGAGCUGCAGUUUGCAGAGAACCUGCGACUGAAUGAGAGCCAGAGCAAAACCGCAGGUCUGCAUGAUCUCUACGUGGCAUUGCGACAUCUGACCUCCAAAUACCAACAGAUGGGCUUAAACCAGGAGGAAGUGGUCACUCUCAAAGCCAUGACACUGGCUAACUCAGAUGCAGAAAAUGUAGAGGGUGCAGAUGCCGUGCAGUGCUUUCAGGACACGCUCCAUGAGGCCCUGCAGGACUACGAGAGCAAUCAGCGGCCCUCCGAGCCUCAUCGCGCUGGCAGACUGCUCAUGACGCUGCCCCUGUUACGGCAGACGGCCCACAGAGCUGUUCGUUGCUUCUGCUGGCUGCACACAGAGGGACGAAUCCCAAUGCACAAACUCUUUCUGGAAAUGCUGGAUGCCAAGAUCUAGACUAGGAUGGUGUAGAAUGAAGGAAAAGACUGGGAUGGUGGAUCCCCACUAAUGUCAUAAUAGGGCAGCUGAACUUGAAAGGAUAUUAUUUGGUGACUUGUUUAAGGGCAAAGUCCUUUCACAAAUUCAUCAAUAAAUAAAGAAUCUGGAACAGCUCUUUGGAGUAAGGCAGCUAAACUGCACUUGAAGACGAGAGCUUACUAUCACUCUCUGUCUCACUGAAGCACAAUUUGUCUUUUUUACCAUUUAUUUGAUUUAUAUGAAAUUCAAGGAGAUUAUCAUUUGGUAUGGUGUUAGCAAUAGUUUAGAUGUAUUUUUAAUUAUUGAAUUUUUUAGGGUUUUACAUGAUAUAUCAACAUUUUUCAUUUGUACACAAGAUGUCAAUUUAGAUUUGGGGAUUUCAUUAAAAAAAAUUUAAUGGCUUUAUUUUUGCAAAAUAGCAACAGCAAUCAAAAGCUCUCACAAUAAUACAUAUAGUCUGCAAUACUACUGUAUGUCAAGCUAUGGAGCAAUACGCCUUU